GCCCGGCCUCAGCCCCACCUGCCUCCUGGGAGCCUGGCCCGGGGCUUCGCGGGCCUCCCCGUCUGACAACAACGCCGACACAGCCGGUAGAGACGCCCGGAUGCGGCCUUACCUGACUCCCACGGUCAGGCCCGCCGAGAUCUCUGCAUAGAGAGCUCCCCCAAAGGGAGCGUGGUGAAGACUCCCAGGUCCGAAUUCUCGGAACCUGAAAACCUGACCAGGCGCAUGGCUUUGGUUCUUGAAGGACCACGGUCACGAAAACUCAAGGAGUCAGAGAAGAGACGCGUGGGCGCCGAGGGGCGCUGCGGGGGAUUUGCAGUAGGGGAGCCGGAGCCCCAGGACGGGGAAGUCCAAGCUAUGGGGAGCCAGCUGCCUGGACAGGGGAGCCACUGGGCCAGCAGGCCGAGGAAGGCUCUGAGCACCUGGGUCGGAAGAGCGUGUGGCCAAGGUAACGAUGUCCGCAGGGGAAGGCUGACAGGUGUGUCCAACCUCCCAAGGAAAGUGCGCCCCGGCCACGGAGCUGGGUGCUGAGUGUUCGCCCAGUGGAUGCUCACUGCUUACCUGCCUGCGGCACACCUAGGCCCUGCGCUGAGCGCUCGGGGGGGUGCACGGGCCCCUGUGUAAAGCGAGCCUGACGGCAGUAGCAGCCAGAUGCAGAAAGCCAGGGCGGGGGGGCAUGACCCACACGGGCCGCAGGGAAGCCUGCGAGCCCAGGCCGCAGGGCGCUGGAUGGAGCAGGUGCCUGCACGGCAGCGUUUGCCCAGCAGAGGAAGGGUCCGUGCCCCCCAGGCCAGGGCAGGGCCAGAGCAGAGAGGGCAAGGAGGAGGGCAGCUCUGACCUCACAAUACCCAGAGCCCGCUGGGCCGGCCUUGCAACUCGCAAACCCCCGCGCCCUCCUCCAGGCGGGGCAAGGCCCGGGGCCCUGGGCAGCCUCCAGGUGCAGCCCCCCUCGGGCCGCACCUGCCCCGCUGCCCCGGGGCAUGUCUCUGCUCACCAAUUAUGAGGGGCUUCGGCAUCAGAUCGAGAGGCUGGUGAGGGAGAACGAGGAACUGAAGAAGCUGGUGCAGCUCAUUCGGGAGAAUCACGAGCUCAGGUCGGCGAUCAAGACCCACUCAGGUGGCCUAGGCAUCAGCGGGUUCAGCUCGGGUCUUGGCGAGCCUACGGCCAACCCUUCUCAGCGCCUGGGAAACUGUGUCUUCCUGCCCCAGGCCCCGGCAGCAGCAAACGAACCCGUCCUGGAAGAACUGGGGAUUCUGACCCUGGCGCCCCUGGCCGACGUGCUAUGCAGCCCGCAGCCCAGCCCUGCGGCCGCCCCCAUCGUGAGCCCCCUGACGGGCCCCCUCAACUCGCUGCUGCCCGGCCCGGGGUCCGUGUCGCAGAGCAGCCCGCUCACCGGGCUCCUGAGCGGCCACCUGGCCGGCCCCGUGGCAGUGUCCCCGGGGGGCAUGCUGGCCAGCUCCCUGGGUCUGCCCUCCGCCGGCCCUAUGCCCCUGGGCAGCCCCCUCAUGGGCCCGGUGGCGGGCUCGGUGGCCGUCUCUCUGGGCAGCCCCCUGCUCACCUCCACGGCCGCACCUCUCGGCAUCUCUCAGAACCUUCUGGCCACCCCCCUGAGCAACCUGGUGCUGCCCGAGGCCCCGAGGGGGCCCCAGCCGUUUGCCGGAGCAGGGCCCGCGGCCCAGGUCCCCAUGUCCACGGAGCAUCCCCGGCUGGCCCAGGACCUGGAUCCCCUCAGCAUGACGUUUGUGGGUUCUCCCAUCCGUACCUCCACCCCUAUCACCACCAGGAGCGCACCUGGACCCAUGACCACCUUCUCCUACGGCAGCUCAGACGUCAGGCCCCAGCCCAGUGCCACUCAGGGACAAGCAGUCCCUGUGCCUGUCCCCAGCACCACAACGGCCCCCCCGGUGGACACAGUCCUCGCCCCUGCCCCUACUCCCGCCCCCCCUCCUGUCACCCACUACACCCCCUCCAGCACCCCCCACAUCACCCCGUACCCCCCCCAGUCCCCCACCCGGGCACACCACCCCCCCACCCAGCCCUUGCCCACCUCUCACUCCCCUCCACGAAACCCCCACUCCCCGCCCCGAACCUCGUCCUCCCCAGCUUCGAUCAACGACACCCGGGGCCCACGUGGCUCAGAAACCUCUCGCAAAAGCAUCCUCGAGUUGGAACGGAAGCUGGCUCACCGCAAGACCAGCAAGUUCCCUGAGAGCCCCCGAGAAUCAAAGCAGCUGGCCUGGGAGAGGCUGGUGGGGGAGAUCGCCUUCCAGCUGGACCGCAGGAUCCUGUCCAGCAUCUUCCCGGAGCGCGUGCGCCUCUACGGCUUCACAGUCUCCAACAUUCCAGAGAAGAUCAUCCAGGCCUCCCUGAACCCCAGCGACCACAAGCUGGAUGAGGAGCUGUGCCAGACGCUCACACAGCGCUACGUAACCAUCAUGAACCGGCUACAAAGCCUGGGCUACAACGGGCGGGUGCACCCGGCGCUGACCGAGCAGCUGGUGAACGCCUAUGGCAUCCUGCGCGAGAGGCCGGAGCUGGCUGCAUCCGAGGGCAGCUCCUACAGCAUGGACUUCCUGCAGCGCGUGCUGGUGGAGACCGUGCAUCCCAGUGUGCUCACUGAUGCGCUGCUGUUGCUCUCCUGCCUCAGCCAGUUGGCACGUGACGAUGGCAAGCCCAUGUUCAUCUGGUGACACUGGCUCCUGCCACCCUGCCCCGCAUCCCGGUGCAAGGCCAUUAAAGCUUCCACAGAUGCGCUAGCCACGGA